AUGGUUCCGAUGCCUUCCUCGUCGACUCCGCCGAUCAUCCCGUUAAAGUUGCUCAAUCUCCCGUUUGUUCCGCUCCAGAUGAUUCUGAGAAAAUUCACCUUUCAAGAAGUGUAAGUUUCAUUAUAAAAAUCGCAAAAAUUGACAAAACGUUCUACAUUUUGCAGCAUUACAUUCCACGGAACUUCUAGUACAGCAGCUAGGAUUCUCAAAGAAGCCAAGUUGAGACCAGUCAACCUUUUAAUUUAUUCCGGUCCUGAAGUCACGCUAAUCUGUUCUGACAAUGGCAAUUUCAACGGAGGCAUUUACAUUGAGAAUGAAGGCACUGAGCUUUUGUACUCGGAAGAAGUUUCGUCAUUCUUACAAGACGUAGGAUGCGGUGUUGCUAAAGUUAGGUAAGUUCACAUAUCUUUAAAGUAACAUUUUGUUGAAAGCAGUGUCCAGGUUGAAACAAAACAUUUUUUCACUUUCCCAAAGUUCUCGAUUACAAGAAAGUUCCUGAUUCUCAGAUGUUUUGUCGAAAAAUUAAUAUUACCGAAGAAACAACACGGCGUAAUGAAAGCGCUAGUAAAGAUUUUCUAGUCCACAGAUUUCCUUCAAUUUUCAAGUCGUUUUCAUUAUCGAAAGCGAAUUUUUACAGUGCAUAACAAUUUUUCUUCAAACUUCUGUGCAGUGACGUUAACACCCCCAGGUACCAUAACCUUUUUUGAAAAAUCUUAACCAAACAGGACAUUUUUGGGACUUUAGAAAAAUGAAUGUCCCACUUGAAUGUUUGUUUAAGAAACGUUGCAUUUUAGCUUGGGGAUCACCUUUAAUAUAUAUUUUUUCAGAAAGUUCUACGAAGACCUAACUCCCACCUCCAGCUACUCUUUCCGCGAUCACAAAACAGCUACAACCGCUCUUCUCUCUCUGUUCAUGCCCAUUUGCAACUUUUCCAUCAAUCUUCUCACAAUUGAAGACUUCGAUUCUGACUCCUUCACCCCGUUUGCUCAGUGGUCACUUCUCACAUUGGCUAAGAGAGUAGAGAUCAACGGAGAUGAAAUGAAAGCUGACGAUCUCACGGCCUUGUUGAGACAGUUCCAUGCCAGUCAAAAUGUUCUCUUGAAUUUUGAGUGCUCUAAUGUUCAGUCUCUAGGCUACACGUUAGAAGUCGAGAGAUUGGUUGUUACACACUUUGCCUGGUUUAGCAGAGAACUGUUGCUUUCUGUUAAUGUUCCUUAUUUGGACAUAGACGGAUCUGACCUGACCGGAUUGGAUAUCAACGCAUUCGUGAGAAAAUGUCUCAAUGAGCCCGGCCAAAGGCUGAAGUACAUGAAAACAACAGUCAAAAACUCACAUGGCCUUAUGGAUGGACUCCCGGGCAAUCGCGAGCGGAUUAUUCAGACGUUGUUGAUGGCGGAUGGAAAAACUGCUGUUGUCUUCGACUUACUGCAAGUCAAUACGGAUACCAGAAGAAAGAUCUCUAUCGCCAUUGAAUUUGGAAACAUUAUCCACGUCUUUGUUGAUGUUUGA